AUGUAUGAAAAUCAUAGAUUCACUCCGGAUUCUAAAGAGUUUGGUGUUGUUGUUAAAGGUAAGAAUCUCUCCACUAGCAGUAACCCCUACCAGACCCCUCCCACUGAGACAAACAGCACUCCUCCUCCUCCUCAACUUAGUUCCAUUAAGAGGAAGACAAAUUUAGCAAUUAUUAUAUCAAAUUUUGCAUCCGAAAUUAGUCGGCCUCUCUCAAACAGCAAAAUCGACAACUCCCCUCAAAACAUUCUAAAAUUCUUAAAUGAAGUCUUUAAAAGAUCAAAGUGUAGCAAGGAAAACGCUGUCCUGGCCACCUUUUAUUUCCAGAAGAUCUACCAAUCCAACAUAGGAGACGAGCCCUCGCUGCCUGAAUUCUCGCGCUGCUCCAAGAGGAUAUUCCUCUCUUGUCUUAUUCUGUCCCACAAGUUUCUGAACGACAACACCUACUCGAUGAAGAACUGGCAGAUUAUAAGCGGGCUGCACGCCAAGGAUCUCUCCCUCAUGGAAAGAUGGUGCCUUGGGAAACUGGAUUACCAGCUAGCCGUUCCAUACAGCGAUCUCUUGCUGUGGGAAACAAACACUUUGAUGAAGAAAUCACACCAUAUCGCAACCCCCAUCAUCACUUUGCCAAAGAGAGCCAGAGAUUAURAUCAAGAUUGUAAUGCUCACUCUAGAAAACUACUAAAAUCUCACUAA